GCCAUGUAUGAUGUACCAAGAGGAAGUAUUUUGGAUAAAGAUAGCACGCCAUUGUGUACUUGUGUGUCUAAUAAAUACUAAGUAGUAUCUUUAAUUGAUGCUUAAUGACAGAGAUCUCUAUACUAUACUGCUCCAUAUUUCUAAGCUAAAACCUUGGCAGUACGUACACUCACAAAAGCGGGGCCUUUUUUCUUCCCCGGCUUCAUUUCAAAAUGUAUGUUUCUACAGCUCCGCAGAUCGAAGAGCUCCGAGCCAACACCAACAAGAAGAGCCCUCCUCACUACCUGUAUAUAUGUUUGACCCUCGACUCUUUUGGUGUAUAUGUUGCCAGACAAGACAUGACCUUAUAUGGUUCUCUGCUGCUGCAACAUUUAUUAUUGUUGAUUGUUCCCCGUUUUUCCAGGCCUAGCAUAAUAUUGGGUUAAUUGCGCGAAGAAAUCUACCACCACAGCACACCUUCCAAAAAAAAAAAACAUUUUGGUCCGUCUGCAGAAUACUAAUUGAAAAUGUCAGGCCUAUCAAUUGCAGGGGCUCCCCGUACCGAGCACGAUCAAACGACAACAACCAUGACCUCCGGCUCCGGAACAAAACAUCGCCUACAGCAGGCGCCGAAGCCACUUCCACAGCAACAGCAGCAGGUGGCAGCGGCUGGAGGAGUAAUGGGAUCCCUCCGUGUCAUAGAGCUCCAACUAGUCGCAUUUAUUAUGGUGUUCUCUGCCAGUGGCCUAGUCCCCAUCCUUGACAUUGUGUAUCCCGCAUUCACCACUGCUUAUCUAAUUACACUCUCCCGGUUGGCAUUUCCAUCCCAUGGUAGAACAACUGGGUCGGAGGAGAUAUUCCGCGGAAGUCGACUUUUCCGAAUUUAUGUAGUUGUCGGGACUACUGUAGGCCUGUUUUUGCCCUUAGCUUAUGUUCUGGGAGGAUUUGCAAGAGGGGAUGAGCAUGCCGUCCGGUCAGCCACCCCUCACCUCUUCUUGCUCUCAUUUCAGAUACUCACCGAGAACAUUAUAAGCGGGCUUUCGUUGUUCUCGCCUCCGGUUAGAGCACUAGUCCCCUUGCUUUACACUGUGAGGAGAAUUUUCGUCAUCAUUGAUUGGAUACAUGACGUCUGGCUGAACAAAACUUUGCCUGCAAAUGCUGAAUUCCGGGACAUCGCAUGGUUUUGGUUCGGAAGGGGCCUGGCGGCUGCAAAUUUUGUGUAUUUCUUCGUCAAUCUCUUUUGUUUUCUUAUCCCUCGUUUUCUUCCGAGGGCAUUCGAGAGGUAUUUCAAGGAGAGGGAUGAAAUACAUUCGAAGAUUGAAGAAGACAAGCGUUCAGCUGCAAUGAACAGAUCGCAGCAGGCGGACGGCAAAAAGGCAGACUGAAUAAGAGUAGUAGUGGUAUAAUACUCCUACUUAAUGAGUUUCUUCCUUCCUGUUAUUGGGACUCGUUUGUUCCUUCCACUUCCCACCCUCCGCCAAUGACUGACUUCCUCUUUUCUUUUCUCACUUCUGAAACUAAAGAACUCCUGUGUAUUCCAAAUUCCCACUUGAAUCGGUUGUGUUUCUUUUGUCAACGUUUUUGGUACUAUUGGAUUUUAAUCUGUUGGCUUCGCUGAUAUUAGUGAUCUCAAGAUGCAAGGUAAAUAGGUAAUGCCAUGAAACUUGUCUCCCAUCCCAUCAAAACGUGUUGUACUUCUGUAUAUCAAGCAGGCGGCACACAUACGCGCUUGGUCU